CCCGCAGCGCCCGCCAUGGGCAACGCGGCCGGGGGGCUGGAGGGGGGCGCGGCCCCGCGGGAACCCCGCGACCACCGCCCGCAGCCCGGGCCCCCCCCCGGCACCGCCGCCCCGCCGCCCCCCCGGCAGCCCAUGCCCGCGGCCGCCGAGCUGGAGGAGCGCUUCGGCCGCGUCCUGAAUUCCAUGAACCUGCCCCCAGACAAGAUGAAGCUGCUUAACCAGUAUGACAACGAGAAGAAGUGGGAGCUGAUCUGUGACCAGGAGCGUUUCCAGGUGAAGAACCCCCCGUCCGCCUACAUCCAGAAGCUGAAGAGCUACUUGGACACGGGUGGUGUCAGCAGGAAGUUCAAGAGGAGAGUGCAGGAGUCGACGCAGGUGCUCCGGGAGCUGGAGAUUUCCCUGAGGACCAACUACAUCGGCUGGGUCCAGGAGUUCCUCAACGAGGAGAACAAGGGGCUGGAUGUGCUGCUGGAGUACCUCGCCUUUGCCCAGUGCUCUGUCGCGUAUGACAUGGAGAGCACAGAGAACAGCCCCGGCUCUGACAAGGGCAAGGAGCGGUCGCUGGAGGACCUGAACAAAAGCACCUCCUCGUCCCCCACGCAGGGCUCCUCCAAACCGCGGCCCCUCACUGUAAGCUGCUGCCUCUCGAACCAGCACAUCCACACCCUCCUCCGCCACGUCCACCCCAGCGUCCCCUGCGGUGCCCCGGGCAGCGAUGGGGACAGUGCCCCCAGGUCACCCGGCAGCUCCUGCCCGCCCCGGCUGAACCCCUCGCACAGCAGGAAGACGCUGCGCAACUCGCGGCUCGUCAGCCAGAAGGACGAUGUCCAUGUGUGCAUCAUGUGCCUCCGAGCCAUCAUGAACUACCAGUCUGGCUUCAGCCUGGUGAUGAACCACCCAGCCUGUGUCAACGAGAUCACCCUGAGCCUCAACAACAAGAAUGCCAGGACCAAGGCUCUUGUGCUGGAGCUGCUGGCCGCUGUCUGCCUGGUCCGAGGUGGCCACGACAUCAUCCUGGCUGCCUUUGACAACUUCAAGGAAGUCUGCGGGGAGAAGAACCGCUUCGAGAAGCUGAUGGAGUAUUUCCGAAAUGAGGACACCAACAUUGACUUCAUGGUGGCCUGCAUGCAGUUCAUCAACAUCGUGGUGCACUCGGUGGAGAACAUGAACUUCCGCGUGUUCCUGCAGUACGAGUUCACCCACCUGGGGCUGGACCAGUACCUGGAGACUCUGCGCCUCACUGAGAGCGACAAGCUGCAGGUGCAGAUCCAAGCCUACCUGGACAACGUCUUCGAUGUGGGGACCAUGCUGGAGGACUCGGAGACCAAGACGGCGGUGCUGGAGCACAUGGAGGAGCUGCAGGAGCACGUCAGCCAGUUGACGGAGAAGCUGCAGGAUGCGGAGAACGACUCCAUGGCCAAGAUAGCGGAGCUGGAGAAGCAGCUGAGCCAGGCGCGGCGGGAGCUGGAGGCGCUGCGGGAGCAGCUGAGCCCCCCGCGGCCGCCCAGCCCACCGUCCCCGCAGCCCCAGGAGUGUUACCGGCUGGCGCUGGAGCGGCGGCUGGCGGAGCUCGAGGAGAAGGGGCUGGUGCAGAUCCUGCGUGGGCCCGACGGAGACGUCGCCAUCGAAAUUGUCCCCGUUGUCAUAGAAACCCCCGCAGCCCCCGUGGUUUCUGGAGAGGCCACUGCCACCACCGACACCACCCGCACAGAUGCUCCGGCUCUGGCUCCAGCCCCACCUCCUUCAGGUGAGUGUGACCCAGGAAUGGUGGGGAUGUCCCCUGGGAGGGGUCUGGGGGCACCCACCCACCAGUGGGUUUGGGACCCCCCUCCCUGUGACCCUGCAGUGAAGGUGAAGAAGCCGAUCCAGACCAAGUUCCGCAUGCCCGUCUUUAACUGGGUGGCCCUGAAGCCGAGCCAGAUCGACGGCACCGUCUUCACCGAGCUCAACGACGAGAAGGUGCUGCAGGAGCUGGACAUGAGUGACUUUGAGGAGCAGUUUAAGACCAAGGCACAGGGCCCUGCCCUGGACAUCAGUGCCCUCAAGAGCAAGGCCACGCAGAAGGCCCCCAGCAAGGUGACCCUCAUGGAGUCCAACCGCGCCAAGAACUUGGCCAUCACCCUGCGCAAGGGCGGCCGCAGUGUCCAGGACAUCUGCACGGCCAUCGAGACGUACGACCAGCAAGCCCUGAGCCUCGACUUCCUGGAGCUGCUGCUGCGCUUCCUGCCCACCGAGUACGAGCGGAACCUGAUCGGGAAGUUCGAGCGGGACCAGCAGCCACCAGAGGAGCUCUCGGACGAGGACCGGUUCAUGAUCUGCUUCAGCAAGAUCCCGCGCCUGGCCGAGCGCAUGAACGUCAUGAUCUUCCUGGGCAGCUUCGGCGACACGGCCCAGCUGCUGAUGCCGCAACUCAACGCCAUCAUCGCCGCCUCCAUGUCUCUCAAGUCCUCCAGCAAACUGCGCCACAUCCUCGAGAUUGUCCUGGCCUUUGGGAACUACAUGAACAGCAGCAAGCGCGGAGCUGCCUACGGCUUCCGGCUGCAGAGCCUUGAUGCGCUCCUGGAGAUGAAGUCGACAGACCGCAAGCAGACCUUGCUGCAUUACCUGGUGCGGGUGAUCAUGGAGAAGUACCCGGAGCUCACUGGCUUCCACACCGAGCUGCACUUCCUUGACAAGGCAGGCACAGUGUCCCUGGAUGGUGUCCUGCAGGAUGUGCGGAGCCUGCAGCAGGGCAUGGAGCUGACCCGCAGGGAGUUCAUGAGACAGGAUGACAGCCCUGUGCUCAAGGACUUCCUCAAGGUCAAUUCAGAGGUGAUGGAGAAGCUGCAGGCUGACAGCAAAACCGCCAAGGAGGCGUAUGAGUCAGCUGUGGAGUAUUUUGGGGAGAACCCCAAGACCAGUCCCCCCACCACCUUCUUCCCCAUGUUCAUGCGUUUCAUCAGAGCCUACAAGAAAGCAGAGCAGGACAUUGAGCUGUGGAAGAAGCAAGAGGCCGCAGCCAAAGAGGCAGGAGCCGUCUCCCCUGGCAGCGAGCAGCAGCCCGAGCUGCCUAUCCAGAAGGCCAGGAGGCAGCAGAUGGACAUGAUUGCUGAGCUGAAGAGGAAGCAGAUGGUGAAGGAGCCACUCAUCUACGAAGGCAAAGACGGGGCCAUCGAGGAUAUAAUUUCAGCUCUCAAAACUGUCCCUUUCACGGCUCGGACGGGCAAACGCUCGUCCCGGCUCUUCUGCGACGUGGGCUUCAACGAGGAGAGUCCUCUAUCUGCGGAACAACCCGUACCGCCGGGGGGACAAGGCCCGCGGCAGCGCCAAGAAACGGGCGGCGGGGCAGAGCCUGCAGGCGACGCCGGACAUCGCGCUGUGACCGGCGCCGUCCCUGCAGCUGCAGGAGCGGGCCAGGACCAUCCUCCCGACGCAGAUGGGCCCGCAGGAUGUCAGUCCCUCAGCCCGGGGCUCGGCGGGGUGGAGGGACCGUGCCCGCUCCGAGCUGCUCCAGCCGCUUGAUGUGCCAGCUCCGCCUUGCCCGGGGCUGGCACAGGCACCCCCGGCGCUUGCUUGGCCGUGUCCCUGAGCUCCUCUCCCGGGCUGCCAGGGCUGGGGGGCCCCUCCUGGCUACGGUCAGGGAGGGGGAAGCACAGAAAGCGCCCCUGCUUGUCCUGGAAGGAAAAGCGGGGCUGUCCCAUCCCUACCCCGGCGCCGCGGGGUCAGCCCUGCGCACCGGCGUGUCCCACCCGCAGCGUGCCGGUGCCUUGGAUUGCGGGAAGGAAGGGAAGGGGAGGGAAGGGAAGGGAGGGGGUGCCAGCCAGGCACACAGCGCUCCCCCACAUCUCCCCCGCCUCCCCCGGCCCCGCAGAGCCCCCCCAGCCCCGCGUUCUCCUGCGCUGCAGAGCCAGCGAGGAGCUGCUGCAAAGCUCCCACCCGGGCACCUCCCGGACCCAGGGGCUGGCAGCGGUGCUAUUUUACAUGAUUUUAUAAGUCUUCCUUCAAAUUUCUCUGUGCUGCGGCAGCGGGGAUUGGAACACCCCCACGCAGGGUGUCCUCAAGGCUGUGGCGAGCAGCGCUGGGCUGUUCCUCGCCGCAGGGGAGGCUCCGAAGCUGCGGCAAUCGGCAGCAGGGACAAGUUUCUGCGAGGUGGAGGCACCUCCGCCCUCCUUCAUCCCCAGCAUCCACCUGCAGUGUCGGGGCUGGAGCCCCUGGGAUAUCCCGGGACUGUCAGCUCCCCGUUCUGUGGGGUGGGACACGCAGGAGGUGCCGGCAGCCCCCAGCCCCAGCCCCGCAGCAACCGCGACCCCAAAGGCUGCGGGGUCCCUGCUGCCACCGGGCAGGAGAGGCCCGGGAGCCGCACGAACCUCUCGGUACCGCACCGGACCCGAGCCUGUCGCUCCCUCCCUGCCCCGCUGCUGCUGAGAAACCCCGACCCCGCAAUGCCGCAAUUAAACCUCUCUGUGCGAUUUCUUCAUCAAACGGGCCCCGCUCGUCCCCAUGCGAGGACGCUCCUCCCUCCUCCCGUCCCUCCUGCCGUCCUUCCUCGCUCGUCCCAGCUUCAGCCAGAGCAGCCGCUGCUUCCUGCUGUAUUUAAGCUGCUUCAGCGCCGGCUCCGUGUCCGGGGAGGGAUGGGAAAUGAAUGUGUAACUUAUAAAUGCCUUUAAGCCAGAAAUGUAAACCAUUAACUGCUCAUUUGUAUACAUUAUUUUUAUAUACUGAAGGCCUGUUUAAUCUAAAGCAGAACUGAUAAUAAAAUGUCUCAGAGGAUAAAGGA